AUGAACUCAUGCUAUGCCUCUUGCAAGUCACAACAAGUUCUCAGAAGAGACUAUCCAGAUAGUAGCCCAUGGAUUGGUAUCCAUGAAGAAACCAAGCAGAAGAAGCCUCUUCCCAUCUAUGAGCUUGCCCUUGAGAUCAUCAGAAAGGAAGGAAAGAAACUACUUCCUCUCAAACCAGUUUCUUCCCCUCUGACUUCACUUCCUUUGGUGCAACCCUGCAUGAUGUUCUCACCUACCUCUUAUGAAGCAGAUUUUCCUCCAUUAGCACAACAGACCAAAAUUUCCACCAGACCUUUCAUUCACUCAACUAAGGUUGAUAGUGAAGACUUGCAUAAGCCCACAGAAGCUCCGAUCUCUUACAGCCCAUUCAGCCCUUUCUCUGCUCAAACAACUCCUAAUCCUUUUCUUCCUACUCCUAAACCUGCUUACUCCCCUUUUGGACCUUUUAACUAUUCAUAUGAACCACCUCCAACAUAUCACCCGUCUCCUUUGUUCAAACCUACUCCAACACCUGCCAGAUAUGAGCCAAAGAAUCCAUCUUCCUCGGAAGAAUCUCAUCCUCCAAAAAGGAAAAUUGAUAAAGGGAAUGACAAAAUGUAUCCUGAUCCUCCUCCUUAG